UCAGUUCGGAGAUUUUGAGGUUUAGGGAUAAGGAUUUGGGAGAAAAAUUGCAGAGAAAAAUGGGUAGCAGCAAAGGGUUGAUAUUGCUCAGUAGUAAGGGAGCUUCAUCAUUAUCACAUUCAUUUGCAAAGGUAUCAAGUGUUGGCCUUCACAACAAGUUUCGGAGCUUCUCAUCAACCACCAUUUGUUCAUCAACUCAACCUCCAGAUUUGACUAGUUUGGCAAAAAAAGCUCAAAUCUCUCUUACCCCUCAUCAGGUUGAUGAAUUUGCUCCCAAAAUUCAACAGGUGAUAGAGUGGUUUGGGCAGCUGCAGAGUGUUGAUCUCCAAAGCGUUGAGCCCUCCCUCAGAGCAGAGUCUGAAAAUAAUUUGCGUGAAAAUGCUCCUGAAACAUUUGACAGCAGGGAUGCCAUGAUUGCUUCUGUUCCAAGCUAUGAGGAGCCUUAUAUUAAAGUUCCGAGGGUGUUGAGCAUGGAUUAAAAUUUAUUUCGAUGAGUUUUUGGUAUAAGGAAACAUAUUAGACUAGUUCUGCUUUAAAAUUUCUUGGUUCUUUAUGUGACCUAAGUUCUUCUGAAUUUUUAUGAGGGAGUUCUACUCAUGAACUCUGCACUUCGAUAAAUUUAAAAUUUGCGCUAUUAUAGUGUUUCUCUCCCAACAAA